AUGUUCAUUCGACAAAUUUCAGCGGUGGCAACGGCCUUGCUGGUACAGGUAUCGGCGGUCUUAUCAAGUGAUGUUAUGCAAAAUAGAACACGGGUGUGGCAUCAGGAGCAGGGACAUGCGCAACAAGCACAGGGCCAGGAAGGACAAAAUCAGCAAUCUUCAAUUCAAAGUCUUACAACUGGGGGACAAGGACAACAAACCCAGGCUCAGCAAUCCCAAGCCUCGCCGAAUCGACGGCAGCAGUCCCGAUAUACCAAUGCUGUAGGAUCUGAGCAAUGCUUUCUGUCAAAUGGAAAUAAUGAUCCCAACGGAAUACCUUGCUUUAGCGGCGACAACACAAGUCGAUGUUGCGGAGCCAACGAAUUUUGUUCCACCAAUAAAUUGUGCGUUUCGAAAAACGAUCCGAAUAAAUUUUCCCGUGGUUCUUGUGUCGAUCCUACUUUCCAAGCGGCUUCUUGCCCGAAUGUUUGUCAAAGUGGUGAGUUUUCAGAAACUUUGAAUACAAUGUCAAGGAAAGGGAAGCAAUUGCUGAUACACAAUUUAGCCAAAGAUACUGGAGCAGUAUUACCGUGUGGUGACCCCUCGCUGGGUCAGUAUUGUUGCGACGAAGGUCAGGGUUUUGCGUGCUGUUCGACACCGAGAAAGGUCCUCAGGUUAGGGAAAGGAACAACCUUUACUGAGAAUUCCUUCAAUCCAGACGCCACCUCAGAUUCAAACUCUCAAUCACAAAGACCUUCUCAGUCCGAAACUACCAACACCAAUACCGCAAUCACAACACGAGUUCAAACCCAGACAUCCUCCGCAACCCAAACAGUCGUCAAAACCUCCGUUUCCGUCUCCAUCCAAAUCGUCACCUCUACUCAAUCUCCCACCCCUUCUGCAAUGGUAUUUUCGCCAGUAGGCUCAGCAACAGCCUCUACAUUCAUGAUUCUCGUCACACAAACAACCACCCCACAAAACCAACCAUCUAAUUCUCUCGAAGCAACCCGAAGCGCAAGCGAAUUCCAAAAUCAAAAUUCUCAACCAUUACCAUUCUCUACCUUUCCCGGUCUCAUUACCUAUACCCAAGCUUCCUCUGCAUCUUCGAGUCCCAGCGAAAAUCAAAACCAAAAUGGACAAACCACAACUGCAACUUCAACUAUCGAUUCCCAGAAUUCCAGCAAAGCACAAAGCCAAGCAGAGAUCCAAACCACCCAAUCCUCCUCAUCAACUUUGCCUAAAACUGCAAAUAUACCCAUAAUACUCGUCGGAGUCGGUGUCUUUGUCCUCAUCUUGGUAUUGGGAAUAGCCAUAUUUUGCAUAAGGAGACGCAAACGGGGCCGGGAUGCCAAGACGCGGGCGCAAUCACAGGAUGGGACGAGACAAGCAUCUGAAUCGGAGAACGGAAUGGGUGAGAAUAUGGGGAAGAGAGAUGAAAUGGGAGAUAAGAGUAUAGGGGUCUUCAUAACCGUGUCGGAGAAAUUUAGAGGUUUGAAGCAGAAAGCCCAUAAUGUGCAUGUGAAAAAAGAUGAUAGGGUAUCGAGGGAAUUUGACGGGGCGCUGGGGGGUGGAAUUUAUUUGGAGGGUGGUACGAUGGGGAGGGGGGGGUCGUUUAUUAGUGGAGGGGGGGCCGGGCCGGGGGAGAGGCGUAAUGAAUAUUUAGGACAUGCUGGGGAUAGAAGACCCAGGAAUCCCCCGUCUGUUCUCUCGGGUUUCAAUAAUCCUAGAACGGCUCCAGCUAGACCACCUCCACCUCUCCUGCCUCAACAAUCUCGAGAACCACAAACCUCGCAAAAUUCAUUCGCAUCGGUUAGAAGCGAGAGUGGGAGUGAGAGUGAAAGGGCGAAUAAGAUGUUUUCCCACGAGGAGGAACGUGGAUUGGGACUUGGACUGGGAUUGGAAAGAGUGGAUAGUGUGGUCUUGGAUGCGCAGCGGCAGGAGCAGCGGAGGGGGUUCUUUUAG